AUGGAGAAAUAUUUUCCAUCUAAUGUGCGUAACAUGAAGGAGAUUGAAUUCCUUGAGCUUAAGCAAAGGAAUAUGACUGUUGCGGAUUAUGAUGCCAAAUUUGAAGAAUUAUCUAGAUUUUCCCUUAUUACAAUGGGAUGGAAGCUGAAGGAUCAAAAUGCAUCAAACAGUCGUGUUAGAUCCAUUCAUUACAAGAGUGUUAGUGAUAAGAAGAGUGGUAAUCAAAAUCGCAGAAAGUCGUAUGUUGUUCUAGAUGGUAAGUGUAAGAAGAGGUUUCAAUGGAGGAAUAAUGGUGGGAAUAAUCAAAGUGGGGGAGGUGUUCCUUCUCCUAUCAAGUGUUUCAAAUAUGGGGUGCUUGGUCAUCGUGCUUUAGAGUGUAUUGCAAUCUUAUGCUUCAAAUGUGGGAAGGCAGAAUAUAGAGUUAUUGAAUGCAAAAGUGUUGUUGUGGUUUGUUUCAACUGUGGAGAGACUGGUCAUAUUAGUACACAGUGUCAGAAACCCAAGAAGAUGUGGGAUAUGAAAGCUGGUGGAAAAUUAUUUGCACUCAGUGGUACAGAUGCCUCAAAAUCUAAUAAUCUGAUUUGA